GUUCGAUGAACGCCGUUGAAUUGGCCCAGAGACUCAGCUCCAGAAGCAGCCAGCCGUCGCGCACACCGUGUCCCCGAAGGCGGACUUUCGGGAGCUGAACAAUCGUGUCAAUACGUCAAUUCGUCAACAUCGUCAUUGGGUUUUAUGGGUUCGAAUUUGUCUCAGGAAGCCGAGAGGAUUCGCGAGGAACGACGCAGCCCAUUAAGGUCCUGGCAGAGGAUGGAGUGUUGGGGUGUAAAGGUGGCGAAACACGUAGUUGAAUCUCGCAGAUGAAUUUGGUGAAAUGAUAAUUUGAAGAGUAGAGUGUUGAUCGCAAUGAUGAAAGGUGUGAUGACGGGUGUGGCGUGUUUCGUGAAGGCACCGCCGACAGUGCUUUUAAUGACUCGAUUUCCUGUGUUGCGCUUCCUCUCUUCAUCACCACAGUCGUGUCUGCAGGUUGGACUGCAUCGGAAGUCGUUUCUGCGGAAUUCGUUGAUCGCUGCUAAUUCCUUUUUGUCUCGCGAGCUAUCAACGCAUGGCAAAGGUUGCUACGUUCCUCCAAGUUCAUUUCCAGGUCGAUUGAGUUUAUGUUCUAGUGUGGGUCGCUAUGAGGGAAUUCACAGUCGCCAUCGGAGUUUACGGCAUUCGUGGCUGGUAGGAAUUCCCAGCCACCGCAGGGGUUUUGGUUCGAGUAGUAGUAAUGUUGCAUCAGGAGCUGUAGCUGCUGUUCCUCCAGUAGCAGGGCCUGGUUUACCUCCACCGAGUGAUGCCGUAGGCGAUGUCACACCUGGAGAUUCAGGCGAUUCUGUUGCGAAUGUUGCUGAGAGUGUGCGAAACUCCGUGAACUCCCAUGUGAUGACAUUGAGAGAUGCGGCGGCCCGGAUGUUCCCUGAGGUUGGCAACUGGAUGGAUCCAUCUAGUGGGGGUGUUGCCGAGCUGUUGAUACCUGCCAGCAGCGCCAUCGGAGUUUCCUUAGUGGCUUGGCUCUUGCUUCCGAAAUUGUUACGAAAAUUUCAUUUCUAUGUUGAGUCAGGUCCCACCGCGCGCCUACUUGGACGAUUGCCGCAUGAGAAGCAACCGUAUGAGCUCAGUGUAUUUAGCGCUUUGGAUAUGCCAGCAAGAUUGCUUGCCUCGGCAGUGACAUUCAGCUAUCUAGGUUACAUCGUGGCGCCCACGUCUAUAGGAGCACACUACUUGACACAAAUUUGGAGCGGGGCAACAGUGAUAAGUACGAUUUGGUUCCUUUACCGGUGGAAGAGUAAUGCCUUUACCCGCAUGGUAACGGGAAAGACGAUCUCAAAUGCAGAGAGAGAACGCUAUCUGACCAUGGAUCGAUUAUCGUCCGUAGGCUUGUUCGUACUGGGAGCCAUGGCGUUUGCUGAAGCAUGUGGGGUGGCUGUGCAAUCGAUCCUGACAGUUGGAGGUAUUGGAGGAGUUGCAACAGCUUUUGCUGCUAGGGACAUAUUGGGGAAUAUGCUUAGUGGUGUAGCAUUACAGUUCUCCAGACCGUUCACUGUUGGUGACACGAUUUCCGCAGGAUCUGUGAAUGGACAAGUGGUUGAGAUGGGCCUGCAUACCACACAGUUGCUCAACUCCGACAAGUUCCCGAUCGUUGUGCCCAAUUCUUUUUUUUCCAAUCAGGUUAUUAUAAAUAAAUCUCGUGCACGGUAUCGAGCUUACUCAUUCAACCUGCCUGUUCACAUCCAAGACCUUGAGAAAAUCCCAAGUAUUACUAGUGAGAUUCGCCAUAUGAUAGAGUCACAUCCGAAAGUUUUCUUGGAGAAGGAGAAGCCUCGAUGUUAUGUUUCUCAAGUGGGACCAUUAUCUUUGAAUAUAGCUGUCACGUGCAACCUCAUACCAAUGGGAACAGACGGCUAUCUGACUGCUGGCGAAGAGUUGCUGAUUGAGUCGGCCCGGCUUGUUGCCAAGGCAGGCGCCACGUUGGGUAAUCCGGGUGGGGCUUGAGAUUUGUAAGUUUUAAAUACCUUGUGGUGAAGUGAUUUUUGGAUCAAGUAUGAUUGUUGUGCUUAUCUGUAAACCCGCAGAAUUGCCGUAAUUAGCACAAGCAUUCUGCUGUUUGGAAGCUGCAUGUUCCUUUUCCUUUGGAUAGGACUGCAUAAUCCAUUUUAGGCUCUCUGAUACUCAAGUAGUGAUUUUCAGAGUUUGACACGGUUUGCAAAAGAUGUGAAAUAAGUCGUACUACUAGUAGAUUGUGGGAUUGUAAAUAUCUCCUGCAGUGUAGCAGCAGCAUGAUAACUAGGUUCUCUCUGUAUGUCUCUCUUCAAUAAGUAGUGUUACACUGUCUACCUUUGUGGCCGUGGAUCUUCACGCCCUUGAUGGGAAGAAAGUAAGCAAAUCUAGUUGGAGAGUUUGGGUGGAAACUUUA